ACUCGCGAAGGUGUCCCUGCCGAGUGUGCACGCCGCGCCUCUCUCCCUCUCUCUCUUUCCCUGUGAAUAUGAGUGCUUUUCGGGGUCGCUCGAGUCCCCGCUGUGAGUGAUUGAAAAGCAUAUGUGCCGGUGAAGUGUCUCAAAGUGUUCGGAAAAGUGGUAGCGAGCGGAGUGCCCUGGAAGAUGGAGGCGACGGACUCUUCUUCCGAGGAGAUCAACUUGACGCCGCAGGAACUUCAAGUUUUGUCGGAGCUUGACAGUCGGCAGUUCGGGUUCGUGAAAUUGAACGAGCCUGCGAACAGCAAGAAGCGGGCGCUGGUGCUGAAGGCCGUGCGUUACCUCGAGUCCCUCAUCAUCCACGCCAACAACAACAACAAAAGCAGCAGCAACAAUAACAACAACAACAACAACAACAACAACAACAAUAACAACGCGAAGGAUGGCGGGGACGGCAAGAAGUGUUCGCUCUCGCCGACCGUCAUCAAGAAGGAGGAGCUCUCUUUGCCCAGCUCCGACACCACCCUGCUGGAGGACGUCAUCGGCCAGGACGCCCAUGACGACUCCCUGGGCGUGGGCGGCGUCCUGCUGGGGAAGCUGACCUCCUCCUCCACGCCCACCACCACCAACAGUAGCACCUCCUCGUCCUCGUCCUCCGCCUUUUCCACCGCCUCCACCACCACCACCACCACCGCCGCCUCCACGCCCCCGGCGGCGCCUGACACCAGCAUCAGCAUCGAGCCCAAGACCUACUGCAAGCUGGGCCACCUGCACCUGCUGCUCGAGGACUACCCCAAAGGUAAGGCUCGCGCGACGCCCCCGGGCUACAGGGACACGUCGCCUGGGUAA